AUGCCCGUCAUUCCCGAGGAACAUGUCUCGCCCAACAUGGACGACUUUGUCAAUUGGGACAAUGCGGGCUCGCCUGCUGAUGCCAUGAUGGCCGAUGAUGGUGGCUCUGCUACUUUUUGUGCUGGCAUCCCCCCAGAGUUGGUCGCUGUCGCUGUCGCGUCUCAGCCGUCUGACGACAGGGCUGCCCUGAUGUUCGAAAACCCCGACGCUGACGACUUUUCCUUCUGGGCCUUGGAGCACUACGACCAGAGCAAUUCCCCAGGCGCAGCUAAGCCGGUCGGCCUUCUCGAUGACGGCAUCGCCGCUGCCGACUGUGCUCACGCCGAUGGCGGCGCAUCUGCCAUUCCGGAAGAAGCACACGACUUCUGCCCUAUCGAGGUCUGGGACGUCCCCGGCGAGCCAUGCACCCACUGCAAAACGGGCGGCUACCAGUGCAAGACGAUCCAGGAGGGUAGCUACAAGGGCUACUGCACCAGCUGUGUUGCCCUCCGCUGCGAAUGCAGCUUUGGUCUGGCCUCGGGCGGCCCUCUACCCACUUCCAUCUCUUUCCCUCCCAACCCGUGGCCGACCCUCGGCGAUCAUCCUGACCCCAUCCCCCAUGACCAUGUAUCUCUUGCCGUCCACAGCUCGUCUGCACCGGACAACGCUGGCUGGGCCGGCCAGACUGGCUCGCAGCCCAGCGAUACGGCCGCACAGCCCAAGUUGGGUGCCCGCUUCUCGAGAGAUUCCGUGAAAAUUCUGAAGAACUGGGUGUCCACGCACAGCCGCCACCCCUAUCCGACCGAGGAGGAAAAGGAAUCGCUCCAGCACCUUACCGGACUCAACAAGACUCAGAUCUCGAACUGGCUGGCAAAUGCUCGGCGGCGGGGAAAGAUCCCGACCACCCGAUCAACCUCGCCGCACGUCAGAAACAGUUGGUCUGGCACCGGCGCUGUUGAUAUUCCCCAAAACCGCCGGAGCGGAACACCCUCUCCGUUUGACCGGAAGCUACAGCAGCUGGACAACAUCCUGCUGCAGCGAUGGGCUAAUUCCCCCCCCGAAAACGAGCCUGCCUCUGUGACGGAUAUUGCUCGAGCCAUCACCUCAUCAUCCUCGGCCGUGUCCUCCGGCCUGAACAGCCCUUACAGCUACAACUUCACCGAUGACGGUUCUGGUCGCUCGCUCUUCAAUGGCUCCUCGGCCAGCAGCGCCGGCACAUCGCAUUCCAGUGGUGGCGGCUCCUUUGCGUCUGCCUUCUCUCACGGGUCGCGCGGGUCUCUGAAUUCCUUUGGCUCGCUCGGCCGUGGCCGUCGGCGUCGUCGUCGGCGGUCGGCACCUCUUUCUGGACUCGGGUUCGGAGGUGGAAGUGGUGAAGAAAGGGAGCCCGGGAGCGCAUCUUCUGGUAAGGGAUUGGGCGGCGACAAAGGCAGAACGAGACCGACGACACUCCAGCCACUCCUUAAGACUUACCAGUGCACUUUCUGCACGGAAACGUUUAAGACCAAGCACGAUUGGCAGAGACACGAGAAGUCAUUGCAUCUUUCCUUGGAAAGAUGGGUCUGCGCACCACAGGGAGCAGUGGCCGUGCAUCCAGACACAAAGCUGCCGAGCUGCGUGUUCUGCGGAGAAGCCAGUCCAAAUGAAGGACAUGUCGAGUCCCAUAACUUUACCGCCUGCCAGGAGCGCUCCAUGGGCGAUCGGACCUUUUACCGGAAGGACCACCUUCGCCAGCAUCUUAAGCUGGUUCACGGAGUGAACUUUGUCGGCUGGGCAAUGGACCCCUGGAAGAUAGCCACGCCCGAGAUCCGCUCUCGAUGCGGUUUCUGUGGCAUAGUCAUGGACACAUGGUCCUUCCGAGUAGACCAUCUGGCUGAUCACUUCAAGACUGGUCGUACUAUGGCUGACUGGAAGGGCGAUUGGGGUUUCGAAGACCCGGUACUGCAGAUGGUGGAAAACUCCAUUCCGCCGUAUCUCAUUCACAAUGAACGCAAUACGCCCCUGCCUUUCACGGCCAAUGCGAUACCGCCACACAGCCCUCGGAAUUCGUAUGAACUACUGACGGGCGAGCUAUCCUACUGGCUGCAGAUGCGAGCCGAGGAAGGUAAAACACCAACGGAGACCGAGAUGCUGGUUGAGGCAUGUCGGGUGAUCUUCGGAGCCGACAUGCUGGCUAGGAACAGUAACAACAUCAAUAGUCCGUCGUGGCUCCGUGACCUUCUGAUGUCAAAUGAGGAUUGCAAACAACAUGCCCGCCUCAGCCCCAUCCGAUCAGCACUCGACAGUCAGAUGGCCACAAUACGCAUUAACGGAAAGGGGAAUAUAUUUGACUCCUGCCCGCUGGAAGCAGGCUUGCAGGAUUUUGUGGUACGUCGGGCUCAGCUGGGCUUGACGCCAAUGAACGCAGAGCUGAGGGCAGAAGCAACACGGAUCGUAGGUGAACUGGAGGCCCAGUUGGUGGACGAGGCCGGCAAGUCAGCAGAUGCGGGCUUCCGUCGUGCACCCUUUGACAAAUGUGUGGUAGAUUUUAUUCUCCGACUAGUCGAGAAAACCACAAGCUGGCUCACUGCGUUCCGACAGCGAGCUCACCUACCCCGGGCCGAGGCCAUUGCAGACGAAACUCGACGGCCGGUCGACGAUCCCAAGAGCAUCGAUGCCGCUGUUCAUAACGAGGCUCGCCUGGAGGCAGAGCUAAGCGAUUUUGUGCGUCAGCAGAUGGAAGCUGGCAAGCCAGCUCCAGAUGACGCCGCUCUACAGCGUCAAGCACGACUUAUCAUCUACGAGCUUGACGAUGGGUGGAACCAGACUGCAGCUGAUGGCCCUGAGUGGCUCACAUCCUUCAAGUCGAAGCAUAUCCCACAGUUAGCCAGAGAACUCACCCGCUAUGUCACGGCGGCCAUGUCACCAAACAACCCCAAUUGUCAUGUGCCCACCGAUGAGGAGCUGCAGCACCAGGCGCGGUGGAUCUUAUAUGACGACGAUGACCCUUGGAACCAAACGGCAGCCGACAACGCAGAAUGGCUGAUGCGAUUCAAGCGCGACUCCGGCAUUUUGCCAACCUCCAGUGGUCCGGGCCUCAUGGUCGAGAGCCAAGCCUGGAAUGUCAAGCAGGGCGGCACGGGCUUUGCGCCACCAUACUGCUUCCCCAACAUGCCGAUGGCGCCCUUCAAAACGCCGCCCGGUGCAGAGAACAGCUCCGGCGACAGUGACCACAAGAUGAUCGUCUUGCAGCUACAGGAUGGAGAUGUUCAUCGUGGUGUGCAGUACGAGCUGGCGUCUUCCGCAGCCAACAAGUUCUUGCAGUCGUUCAAGACGCGCUAUGCCAAGCCAGCUACUGUGUUCUGCUCGCGUGAGCUGGAAAACGGCCUGACGUACUUUGUGCAUACAGCUGUGCACAACGGCGAUACCUUCCCGGAUGACAUGGCCCUGAGGAACAAAGCUCGCGAGAUCCUGGGCUGCAGCUCGAGCAGUGGGAUUACACCUGCAGACGACGGCGUACUAUUGGCAAAGUUCAAGGAAAUGAUGCGCACGAAUCUGUCAGAAGAGAGGCAGGAAGCCUCCACGUCCGAAACUGCGAUACCUGUGGACACGAACAUAGAAACGAACUUGGACUUUAGUUUUGACGACACCGCCAUGGAUCUCAACUUGUCUUCAGUGACACAGACGGACAUUGAUACCAUGCUGCAGGACAUGAAUUUUGACUUUGAGAUGGGAACAGAAUAUACGAGUGCGCAGUGA